AUGUCUUCUUCGAUGCAGGAUCCACACUCGCCAACCACGACCCGCUUCACGGCGCAAUUCCUGGUCAUCGGAGGGGGGGUAUCGGGCUUAGCGACAAGUGUCGCACUACGGCGCGCGGGUCAUGAAGUCACAGUACUCGAACGAGAGCUCAGUCUCGACCAGGGAGAGGCCUCUCACUCCGGGUAUCGGAUGCCACCCAAUAUGACGAAAAUAUUCUACGAUUGGGGCCUUGAAGGAGAACUAGAGACUGUUGGCGUCGAUUCUGGAUGUUUUCAUGUAAUCCGUCUUGCGGAUGGUGCAACAUUGACACUAUACCAAAAGGAUGAGGAGUUGAUGCGUGAAGUAGGCGGAGUAACUAUGAGCGUAGACCGACGCAAUCUGCGCCGUGUGUUGUCUUCCAAGGCCCGAGCUCUCGGAGCGCAAAUACGAAUGGGCGCUGACGUGGUCUCUGUGGCUGAGGACGGGAAAUCUGUUCGGCUCCGUUCUGGGGAAGAGAUCCAGUCAGAUGUCAUCAUAGGAGCUGGCGGCACAAAUGAUCUUAUCCGCCGUACUCUUUUAGAAGAAACCCCCGACUUUGGGCGAGACACGGAUCUGGUCUUAUUCGAUGCAGUACUCUCGCUCGCAGCCAUACGGGAUACCCCAGCCCUGAAAGAGCUUCUUGACGCGCAACCGGAUGCAGAACACGUAUGGUUCGGAGACAGGCAUGCUGCCAUACUCUUCCCAAUAAGCUCGGAAACGGCUGCAUUUCACCUAUACGCCCCAAGGCUUAAUCCUCAAGGUAAAGGCACGUCAGACAUUGCCGACUUUGAUCCUACUGGCAUGGAGCCGAGGGUUCUGAAACUGGUUUCGAUGAUGAAGCCUACUACGACAAGUCUUCACAUCGUUGAAUUUGAUCCCCUCGAGGACUGGGUGCAUCCCAGCAGUAGAUGCGUGACCAUAGGUCAAGGCGCACAUCCAUUCGUUCUUGGUAGCUUGCAAGGACCUGCUAUGGGGGUCGAAGAUGCUGCAGCUUUCGCGGAGCUUUUCUCUCACCUUCGCGGCGAGGAUCAAAUACCGACCUUUCUAUCAGCGUUUCAAGAGAUUAGACGAACUCGAUGUCAAGAGAUCUGCGAUGUGGAUAGCCGCAACCUACAGGAGAUGACAAGACCCAACAGCGAGAUUACGCGUGCACGCGACCUUGCUAUGCAAACACUUUAUCAGGCGGGCACCCCGCUUUAUGAACUGAGGACCCUAGACGACGCGCAAAAGCGGUGGGCGGAUACAUGGGGGACCUACUCUUACAAUGCAGAGGACGUGGCCAAUGAGUGGUGGCACUCCUGGGGCCGCCCGCAGCUUCUUUUGACAAACCCCCAGUCGAUCAAGUUCGAUACACUCGAUAUCAGUGCAUUUAUACACGACACUUCACCACUCACGAUUCUAAUGACGUCGGCUAUGUUCAAAUUAUGUCGAGCUUCUCGGCCUACUAAUGCGAUUCGCUCUUCAACGACGGUCGCGAGACGAAGGAUGGCUACGACUGCUUCGGGUCCUACUCGUUCAUCGGCAGCCUCGAAGUAUGUCUUGCUAGGAACUGCUGCAGCCUCAGCGUAUACUCUCGGUGCACUCUACCCCGUCGACUUGUUCACAUUUAUCAGCCCACGAGUAGCACCUCCACCGCCACCUCCCGACCAUCCCGACGCCAUUGCACUCGUUGAGCGCCUAGAGAAGGAGAUUAACGAACUGCCUGCACUGAGAGAACUACGCACGAGGUUCGACUCUGCCGAAUGGUACGAAUCACGCCCCUACGCCACUUUGCGGGAAGAAAGGAGAGUGAAUAACCUUACGGCUGGAGCCUUACGUGGCGCGGGACGCCUUGCGGUCCCUCCAGUGUGCUGGGCCAGGAAAAAUGAAUCUGAGGCCUACGUCUUUAUACACGUGGGCCGUGGCCUCUGUGGACACGAUGGUAUAAUACAUGGGGGCUUAAUCGCAACUUUACUAGAUGAGACGCUCGCCCGCACGGCAAUUCUUAAUCUACCAGAGAAGAUCGGAGUGACAGCCAAUUUGAGCAUCAACUAUCGUGCACCAACAAAGGCUGACCAGUUCAUCGUCAUCAAAACGAGACUCGUUGAACUCAAGGGUCGCAAAGCGUCUGUCUCUGGCGUCGUCCAGGAUCUUUCCGGGAAUACCCUCGCAGAAGCCGCAGGAAUAUUUGUGCAGCCCCGGUAUGCCAAGCUUUUGAGCGCUGAAGCACUCCACGAGGCGAUGGGGCAUCCUAAGGGUCAUGCGAAGGACGCGGCGAAAGAGGAAGCUUCGGUGGUCUGA